UCUGUCCAAUGUUUAUGCUUUGUGGCUUUGUCUUAUUUUUUUCAAGAAGAGAAAACAAUGUAAAAACUCUUUGCCGAAAAACUGAUUUCAGUUUUGAUUUUUAUCAGUGUCUGUAUGUAGGUAACUCUGUAAUGCAUUCGGAACGUAUCGAUAUAUUGCGUAAAUAAUUUUCCGAGUAAAAGAAAACUUGGUACAGAUAUGGUGGAGAGAAGCACAUUCAGAAAAUAAAGUCACAAACAACGCAAAGGCAACCUUUUUUGACAUUGACAAUCCAGUUACUGCUAGGAUGGACACAGACUAUUAUAAUAUUUCAAACCCACCUGAUGAUGUUAUAGAUAUUAGUAAUGAUGAUGAAGUGGAGGAGGAGGAAGAGCCUAUUUAUAACAUCAGUGAAAAGGAGAAAAAUAACAGGCAGUCUUCCUUGCAUGCAAACUCUAAACAGACUGAACAGAAAACAAAAUCGAAAUGGAAAUCCACACCUCUCUGUUUGUUCCACUGUGAGUUCUGUGACCAACAGUUUCUGGACAGUGAAUUUCUUGCACUUCAUCAAAGGCGUCACCAUCCCGUUUCCCAGGUGACCCAAAAUGCUGGGGACAGUCCUACAAACCAGGUUGAGAUUAAAAUUGAUGACAGCAGCAGUGAGAGUGAGGUGAAUGAAGGUGAGCUCUACCACUGUGAAGUUUGUGGCAAGCUGUUUACAGAUGCCAGUCUGGUGCAGCAGCAUCGCCGGGCUCAUUACGGCGUCAAAGUAUUCCAGUGUGAUGUUUGCAGCAAAAGCUUUUCUGAGAGGAGUCAUCUGUCACGCCACAAACGCACCCACACAGGAGAGAGACCAUUUGGCUGUGAUAUAUGUGGCAAGUAUUUUGCUCGCUCAGACAAACUCCUCAGACACAAACGAAUACACACGGGAGAGAAACCAUAUCACUGUGAAAUAUGUGGUAAAGUGUUUGGGAGAUCCGAUAAACUGUUACAACAUAAACGAACACAUUUCUACUGCUAAGAGAGGUGAUUGAGACUGUAGAGCAUCAGACUAGAUAUUUUAAAGUGUUUAGUUUUGUCUCGCUGCAAUCUAAGAUCAAAUUCUAUCAAAGUUCAUAUACACAAUUAUAUUUUAUACUUUACAGCAAAGGUGGGGACCUUUCUAGUAGCAAAGGUGAAUUACAAGUACAUACGAACCUGCUGAGAGCAGAUAUGUCCUCAGAAAAAUAAUGAAGCUUUAUUUUAUGCAUGCAAUCACACUAAGUAACAUUAAUUAAAUUGCAAUAAUGUAUUAAUUAACCAGUGAUAAUGAUUUAAAUCCUAUAAAACCAGUGUAUAAUGUUUAUGGUUUAAUGAAGUUUCUUGCCUUUCAUUAUGAUGAAAAA